AUGCAGGAGCAUAUGCGGUCUUCUGGGACCGAAAGGAUGACAGAGGUAGAAAGGGCUGGACAGGCCAUCCAGUUGAGUGGGUCCAGAGCGCAUGAGAGUCCGGAGGUGGGGGACAAGACGCUAGAUGUGGCCGCGGUGGCCGCAGUCGUUGCGGGGGAAAAGGUACGGGGGCUCCCGCUUAUGGCCGGGGACCUGCUGGGGGAGGAUGGCUCGCUGGGCCACGACAUGCACGCGCUGGGGAAGCGGCAGCGUAUUCUGAAGGACCAGCUGCAAUCGAUGUCGCCGCAGGAGCGGCUGGAACGGCAGCGCGCGAUGCGGCGGAAGCGCGACAACGCGUACCGCGCGCGCAAGCGCGCCACGGAGCUCACGGUGGACCCGGAGUUGCGGCAGUUGUUCAUGGCGCUCGAUAAGAACAAGAAGUUCCACAGCAUUUCGGCGAAGUACGACGCGGCGGCGCUGACGCCGGAAUUCUUCCCGCGCGUGCUGCUCACGAAGGCGGAGACGGACGACGCGGCGCUAUACAAGGCGCCGUUCGACAGCUUUAUAGAGUGUCUCCGCAACAAGAUCCGCAGCUUCUCCGGGACCAAGCUGAGCAAAGAGCGGACUUCGGUGCACGUCACCUCCGUGUCCUGCGUGCUCUACUGCUCCCAGGAUAAGAGCCACCAGCGUCUGCUACAGACCAAGGAAACCAAGAAGAACAGCAAUUUAGAUAACCUGAAGCAGUACCAUUGUCAGUCAUAUAUGCGAGUCAAUUAUUCAUUUAAAACGCAGGUUCUAUCUAUAAAAUUCAGACAUAUACAACACGGCGAUUCUCCCUUGUUAAUCGGAAGCGACAGCAACCAUCCUUCGUGCUUUGAUGAAAAGUGA